AAUGAGCAUGGUGUGAAAUUUACAAGGUGUCUGUAAUUUGAAAGUCAAUUACAAUUUCACUACUAUCCAAAAUGAACUAUGCGAGCUAUUCUUUUAUGAGAAUGAUGAAGUCGGAAGUGCUUAAAAAGUGCAGAACAGUGGGUAGUGUGAUGUUUAACAAGUACUUAUUUAUCACAAAUGUCGGCAUAUCUGUAACCUUGUCAGGAACAGGGGACGUCAUUCAGCAGCAUUAUGAAAUACUGCGCGACCGAGACGUGACAUGGGACAAAACCAGGACGUUCAACAUGUCCGCGUCAGGCUUGACUGUGGGGAUAGUUUGCCAUCACUUGUACAAAUAUUUGGACAGGACGUUUCCAGGGAGAGCGGUGAGCACAGUCCUGAAGAAAGUGUUGAUAGACCAGUUAGUUUCCUCGCCUCUCUGCAUAGGCACGUUCUUCGCCACUCUGGCGUACCUGGAAGGUGCCAGCGCCGGCGAGCUUGUGGAAGAGGUUAGGCAGAAAGGUUGGCGACUGUACUUUGCGGACUGUGCUAUAUGGCCACCAGCACAGGUUGUCAACUUUUACUUUGUACCUCCUCAUUUAAGAGUGCUAUAUGACAACACUAUUUCCUUGGGUUUCGAUGUUUACUUUUCAUAUGUGAAAAACCAACUGCCUUUGGAAAGUAAUGUUAAAAGUGAGAGAACGUGAAGGUGCAACCUGGUUGUUAGAUACUCAAUAAAAAUAAUUUGUUUCAA